UAAUUCAUGUGGAGCUAUGGUUUUUACAAGUGUUAAAAUCUUUAUUGCUUUUUGAAUUUGGAAUAAAAAAGUUUUUUUUAAACCGACUAGCGAAGUAAUAUGAUAUCUUAACAACACAUUUGGGAGACGGACUGCGAAAUGAUAUCAUUUCUGGUUUUAUUCAUGGUCUUUGAAACAAUAGAUUCCCAGUCUUUAUACUUCUGUGAUACAAAUGGAAAAGAUGUGUGUGAGGUCGCCAACACAAAGCAACCGUUCCAGCCCAACGCCCGGUACCCGCAUUGUCCGUAUAACGGCGAUAGACCGUACUGCGACCGUUAUAUCACCCCGGGCUGGUACAGAUACAGUUCAACAAUGCUGACUGUGUGUCCCAGUCUAGGAUUUUGUGGUGCUAUAUACCCCUACUGGCUCAAUGGAAGCCAUCCAACCUCAGUUAACCAAGAAGUUACCAGGACUGUCUGUAAAACUGGGUUCUCCAACUGCUGUGACAAACAAGUAACAAUCAAAAUACGUCACUGCGGACAAUUCAUGGCCUAUUGCCUUCCAGCGCUUGAUGCUUGCUCGGAACGAUACUGUCUUGAUGGGUCAGGAGAAUGUGAACCAACGACUACAGUAAGUGUGCAGUCAACUACCAAGAGUUCAUUUGCGAUACAAACUACAGUAAUGUCCUCUUCAUCCACAUAUCCCACAACACAGAUGACGUCACAACAGACAAUGAUCAGCACAGCUAACUCAGCGAAACAAACUACAGCAAUGAGUUCAUCAUCCACAUAUCCCACGACACAGAUGACGUCACAACAAACUACGCUCAGCACAGAACACGCUCGGUUGUCGACAGAUUCUCCAAAAAGCACGGAUUUUUCCUCCACAUCUCGCAGCUCAACUUCCUUUACGAACUCUAUCACACAUUCAACAAGACUUACUGCUAGUGCUAGCAAUAAUGCAAAUCCAACUAGCAGUGUGAGUACAACCAGUAAAUUGACAACUGCUAAUCCUGCUGAUAGAUUAACUGUGAAGACAACAGAAAACUCAAAUUUAUUCACAACUCCAUCAGUGUUUGACCACUGUUCAAAUGGUAUAGAUCCAUGUGACGCAAGAAAUCAGAUAGAAAAUGUACCUAAUCAAGUCAAUCGCAGUAAUCAGUGUAUUUAUGAAUCCAUUAUAAAGCCAUGUGACCGAGACUUGGAAAUGAAAUGGUACAAAGGGUUUAAGAUACUGGAUAGAUGUCCCAGAUUUCUAACGUGCGGAGCGGUGUAUCCAGUGUGGAUGAAUGGUACGGAACCGGAAGUGAGAGAUGGCGUCGUAACUCGUGAUGCGUGUAAGGUGGGUCCGAAUAAUUGUUGUGAAGAGAAGCUGGAAAUUAAAGUGGUCAACUGUAAUUUAUACACAGCGUAUUGUCUGAGGCCGCUCAGAAGGUGUGAGGAGAGGUAUUGUUUUGAUACAAAAACAUGUUCCACGAAAUCUCCACUGCAGGAAAGGAAUACUUCUACAGAGAAUUCUCUUUCAAUGACUUCCAUUGUCAUCAUAGCAAUAAUUACUGUCAUCGGUUUGUUGUUAAUAAUAGUGUCCGUCAUCAUCUACAUGAAAAGAUGCAGAAACAAUUCUGACAGCCUGUAUGAAAAGCCCCUAGCAUCACCGUCAGAAAACGAAUACGAAAUGCCAACGACUUCACACAUUAAUCACGGAAACGUGUAUGAUGAACUUCCGGAAAUGCACGAAGGCACGGAAGAGGGGUCAAUAGUUCAAACGUCUCCUGACGACAGCCAAUACGACUAUAUACCGGAAAGGACGUCAAGUUCAAGAAACAAAAUGACAAUUGACAAGAAAGUGGUUUAUUAAAAAUGUAUCCUGUAUUAUGGAAAAAUAUGUGUUUCAUUCGGUAAUGUCAAAUUUUCUGAACAAGUUAUAGCAAAUUAACUAUAUCUUUAAAAAUAUGACUUCCUUAUAAGGAAUUCAAGAAUGUUUUAUAAUGAAACAAAUCUUUAUAUGAAUAUGUGAUAAUUAAUAAUUCAUUAUCGAUUUCAAAAUA